CUGAAGUAAGCGAAGAAGAAGUCAGUUGUUGCAGUUUCGAAAAAUAAUAAUUUUUGAACGGGCUCACAGUGAGUCGGCUCAUCCGGCUCUGGAUACACUCAGUUCAUUGCGCUGGCCUUCGGCUGCGUAGCGUGCCUCCGCUAUAGGAGGCGCACAGCAUAGCACCGCAAUGUGAUUCAGUGUCGCCGCCCGCGUACAUCCUGGGGCGAGCGCGCCGAGCUGGACUUCUGUUGUGUUUUUCUGCACACGGUCAUUGCAAUGGAUGCGUCGCCCGGCGAAGCGGGCGGAGCGGCUGCGGCCACUGCCAUUCUCAAGGUUCAAGAAGAACUCGGUGUGCUGCGUGGCAAGUUAUCUCAACUCGUCGACAGUAGUGCACGUGGUGUGACCGUAGCCCCUAUUAGUCUAAAACAACUGGAAGAUGUGAUGCAACAAGUAGAGGAGAACAUUGAUAGAGAAGCAGAGAGACUAGUGCACUCUGAACAUGGCCAGGUGACCACACUACCACCAAUAGGAACUCUGAGAAGCUUGACGGCCGCUGAACGUACGCACACCAGUCGCGACGACCAUGACCUUGCACCCAGACCCAGGCUAAGGAGAUCGGAUGUGGCCGCAUCGAAGAGUUCAGGCAGUCUGGACAUUUCACCCGGGCAAUCACUGAAGAAGGAAAGAGCGAGGCGCGCCCUACGGAAACCGACCAGUAACUACAACCGUACGGCCGUGAAGGAAACGUUUGGCGACCUCUUCCCUCAGACAACGGCUGUCAAGCAUGAGAAACCGCGGAAGCUGACCAAAUUUCAUACAGGACCACUGCCGUCCAUAGCAAAGCAAAAUCGCAAGGACGCACAGAUUCCCCCGCCACCGAUCACCAAGGAAGAUGCCAGGCGCGGAGUUCUCAGUCUGCUCGAGCGAGGACUUAUUCCGCCUGCAACUCAGAUUGACAUGGACCCACCACUGUUCCAGCACAAGCAGCUGCAGCUAGCAGCGGCAGAGGAGCGCACGCAGAAAGGCAACGUGAUGGACGAACAGCAAGCCAGCGCUGGUGGAACGUUUGUAACCGGCGUAAAGAUGAAGCGCAAUGUGACAUUCCCCACGGAGCCGAUCUUCGACUCUGUGGAUGAUGGCCAUUAUCCGCUAGCUGGGGACACUGCGGAACAUCUGGUGGAGCAACGGGUGGAAGAUAUGCAGCUGGUUCCGGUUGAAGAUAAGACCGUUGCAAUACCGACACUAAAAUCCGAGUCGACAUCGCACACACGUCCUGUUCGUCAGUCUCAUGCCGCGGCAGCGGGUCAAGGCAGAGAACGUCUACCCAUGGCGACACAGCAGAUCAGUCUGCAGCCGGUGGAUCAACUGGACGACGCACGGGACGACCAAAUAGCAGCGCUGGCUGGAAAUCUUCAGGAUGCUCUGCGCCGGGUGCGCAAGUUCACCAUCCAACAUGGCGUCACUGUCAAGACAUCACAGGAAUUCCUAGAGUUUCGUGAGAUGUAUCUCAGUCGGUGGGGAAGUGUGCUGUCGUUACUACGGCAUUUCGAGCUGCUGCUGGCCAAGUUCUCCGUUCCGCUGGUGUUUGUGGACCCAGACAGGUUUGCCUGCCUGGCUCUUGAGUAUCAGAUGGAAGAGAGACCACAACCUCCGGAGUACUUGGCGUGUUGUCUGAACUCGGAUGAUGUCUAUCAGUAUUUCUACAAUCCGAAAUUCUUGUUCAAGUCAGCACGUGGUCGCGGGCUGGCGGCAGCCAGAAUUCAGGCAACCUGGCGUAUGUACGUGGCACGGUGCCAGUGGAGAGAGUAUCGUCGCCGCAAGUGGGCAGCCGGUGUCUUCUGCAUGGCGUGGAUGCUGAAGAUGCGGCAGAAGAAGAAGUUGAAAGACCGACUGUCUGCACAGGAACAUAUUCUGGAGGAGUACUAUAAGAGACAAACUAAACUGCGUGAGAAAUGGGACUCCCUGCAGACACGCUUUCACAAGGUCGUUCACAUACCAAGUCUGGGAUACUCACACGACUUGAGACAGACGAUGAACGAGUUCAACCUUGCGCAGAAUCUGCAGAUCGGGAGGCUGGCCGAAGUAGCAGAGCGUAACAUUGAAGUUAUCUACCUGUCACCCAUGGACGUUGACCAGAAUAUGAAGGACUAUAGCAUGAACAUACUGAAAGCCGCCACACUGUUUGAGGAACACCUUAUCAAGCAGUACGAUCCAGAUACUGACCCUACGAAUACGCAGCAAUCUGAAGAAGAUAGAAACGCACAGCAGAACGGAGACGAAAAUGACUCAACCCCCAGACAAUCGGAAUCGUCAGAGACGACCGACGUGCACGGGGAGACCAACCAGGACGACGGCGACGAAAACGAUGAGCAGGAAGAGGAGAGGAAGCCCGUCAAGCGGCACAAGCCCGGGCCGGCAGAUGCCAUGUUUCACUUUGCGCGCGACGAGAUCACCCGACCGCCACCCAGCGUAACCGAUACUAUAGCUACCGUUCCAGCGACCACCGGACUAUUCAAGUCGGUUGAAACGCGGAUAAGAUCGACUGUAGAUGAAGAUGAGAAAUCUGACGAUAGCAGUUUAGGGCCUUGGGACUUCGUUCAGCCCACGGUGAAGACGAAGUCGGAUCGCAACCUCAUGCAGAAAACCUGGGAUCGCUUCAGCGUCAUUGUGCCCAGCAAUCUGAAAGCUUUCGAGAUGAACAACUUCCCCCUCAGCAUGUCCGUCAUGUACAGUGCUUUCACUAUGCGAAGGCUGCAAUUGCUCACGGGCAGUUUUGAGGCAUAUAUUGUGCCGGGUGUGCCGUGUAUGGCUGAUGUUCAUCUGUCUGAAGUUCUAAAGUUGCCGGUGCUGGCUCCGGAACCGUCGAUGGUACUCCAGUACAACUCCAAGUCCGGCGGCAGAACGCUCUUUGAAUACGCCAGCGUUGCCGUUGCCCCUGGCGACAAGAACAUCUACACGGAACAUCAGCUUGCGAAAUCUCUUGCGAGACUGGUUGUACAGAACCCGUUUGUCACUCGCUGGCUUGUCAAAAUCAAUGACGAAGUGCAGGCUAGAGGCAUAGCAUAUCUGGAUCUCCCGGGUAACCUGCCCAGCUAUGCAUGGCUAGUGCAAGAGGCGCGGCGUUUUGGUGACAAGUGGAGCAGACCGUGGGCUCAGGAGCAAGCCUUGAACCGUCUUGACAUGGAGGUGUCAGAUCUGCUGUCUCUGCAUCUCAAGCCGGUUAGCCAGGCAAUCUAUCCUGAUUUCAACUCCUUCAUCGCGGCACUCUCCGUCCGAGGUGGCGUCAUCGAAGCCACUCCCACGUCGUCCACUGUAACCACGGUCACGGCAGACAUGUUGCUAACGCCGACGGGCCUGGUGGAGAUCCAUUGUACGACGGAUCAGAUCCUUUCGGCUCCGUACGUCUGCACUGGUUACAGCUUACCGCAGACGUCCAUAGCGCCGCACACGCUGUACACACUGUGUAUGUGUGUGGGCGAGGCACUGCUGCGACAGAAGGGCAUGAUGGGAUACGUCAGCGUGGACUUUGUCACGUCCGUCGACCAAGAUACGGACGAGCAAGUAAUUUGGGGCACGGAUCUUAAGUUUCACUACGGCAAUAGUCUGUCCUUGUCCAAGCUAGCUAUGGCCAUGUCCGCCACGGUGUUCAACCCGCGAACUGGCUGCCUGAGACUGAAGAAACCCGCGCCAGUCAAGAGGGACGUUUUUGGCCCAACCGCCGUGGACCAGGGCAACAUCAUGCUAGUACCGAGUGACACCACGCCGAUGCGCUACGUCGUGAUGAGCAACUUGCUGCGCAAUAGCAACAUGGUACUCACCCAAUACUCCGUGUUCUUUCAGAUGUGCAAGGGACAUCGCAUCGGCUACAAGGUCGAGCAAGGAACCGGUACAGUGCUACAACUCACAGACUCAGUCAAGCGUCACGCAAUGGGCAUGAUCUGUAUUGACGAGACACUGCCGGGUGCACUGAAGAUGUUCACCAGCAACCUCAGCACUAUACACCAGGAGAUUGCGCCUCGCGGCCGAGACGGUCGCCAGAACUUCACUGCCAUGAUCAAUGCACUGGAAGCUAUCAUCAGCGAGACUGAUGCAAAUGAGGCAGAGGAACACGGAGCAGAGGAACACGACUAGACACAACGAGCAGACAAGUGUGCCUAGAGCAAUGUGUCGGCAAUCCUCGUGGACACACUUCCGUUGUCGGUUUUUUUUCUCCAAGAUUUCGGAUGUUUAAAGUAGCCAAGAGCAUUCUGAAGACAUUGUAAUAUCCGUGUAUGCGUUGCCUUGACGACUGCAUUGUGUUCCCUGUGUACCCGUAGUCCCCUGCUGUAUAUAGCAUUGUCCAGCUAUAUGUGUGUACUGCGUAUUCUCCAUCCCACAUGGACAGCUCUGUAUUCUACACAUGCAGCUGCCUUGAUACGCUUGAUUGCAAGACCAGGACCACUUAGAGUUAGAGUAUCAGUUUGUUGACUCGGGCCAAUUCUCCUGUACAUGUACUUCUCCAUGGA